CUCGCAACAUCCAAAGACAUACAUCUACACUACAGAAACUAAAUUUUCAGAUAUAUAAAUAGCACAAAAUGGCUCAAGAAUCACCAAAGUACAUCUACAAGAUCCUCCCAGAGGCGCCUCCUCAGCCAAUCCCUGCCGUCAUGGACAAGUCUCCCCUUGAUGCGGGCGACGGGUUUAUUCAUCUCAGUGCUGCUUUUCAGGUUCCCGGUACCCUGGGUCUUUUCUUCAAGGAUGCUACCAGCGUUUGGCUGCUCAAGAUUGAGGCGGGCAAACUUCAAGAUCCAUUGAAGUGGGAGGACACUUUCCCUCACCUCUAUGGUGACCUGGGAGCUCGUGACGUCUCUGAUAGCAAGCGAUUUGACCGACCUGACAGCAAGACGUGGGCAGAGGUAAUGGCUGGUGAUAGCUGGCUCGAGUAAGCACAUACGAGUAACAAAACACAAAAGUAUCGAACAACACAAUAAAACUUUUAUUUCGCCCCCUUCUAUGCCAUCUAUCAUCUGUCUGUUUACUGUCGUUUCUUAAUCAUUUACUUUUCUGUUUUUAUAUCAUCUACAGCUUAAGGUCCUUCUGAACCAUGCCCUUGCAAAUGGGGUGGUAGAAGUCGCUGUUCUUGGCAAAGGUCUCGAGGGCAAGCUCACGGUUGACCUUUUCGAGGCCGCGGAACAUGACACGGACAAACUUCAUGCGGCCAACGCUGCCGAGAAGCUCAACGAUACCGUCGACGCAGGAGGUGUCGUUGGCCUUGAGGGCAACGCUGAAGUAGGCACACUUGAUCUCAACGUUCUGCGAGGAGACAAUGUUGUAGACCUUGCCAAGGAGCUGGGCUCUCUCGGCGCUCAAAGCGCCCUCUUGGUCAAGCUGGCCCAAGAAGACGAGCACCUGGUUACCAGUGAAGUUGGCAAUAUCCGA